AGAAACCCUAAAAUUUAUAGUCAGGCUCGAUGAAUAUCGGCACGGAAGCCCGACCCUCGACCUCUGCAGCAACUGCGGAGAAGGCUUUCUCGUUCAUAUCAAAAGGUUGGAGGGAGGUGAGAGACUCAGCUGAUGCGGAUUUCCAGUUGAUGAGUGCCAGGGCCAAGUCUUUCAAGAACCUCGCCACUUCCUUCGACAGAGAGCUCGAGAACUUCUUCAAUUCGGCUUCUCCCUUCUCUGUUCCUUCCAGGGGAUCAACUUCGCCGACUGAGAUUGAUUUCGUCAAGAGACUACAGCCGAAGCUAUCUGAAUUCCGCCGAGUUUACUCGUCCCCAGAUUUCAGCCGGAAGGUUUUAGACAAAUGGAAACCUAGACCUAAGAUUCGAAUCGAUCUCUCGGCGAUUAGGAGCGCUAUUGUAUCUGAGGUCGAGGAGAAUGAGGGUGGUAUUAUUGAUUUUCACGAUAGGGAUAGGUUUUGGGGUGGAAGGAAGGUUCAAUUGAAGGAAUUUCGGUGGGAAUGGAGAGGAGAGAGCGAGGAAAGCCAGAAAGAAUGGGAGCCUAUUCGGGCGUUGAAGACGAGACUGAGGGAAUUUGAGCGUAAGAGUUCUUCCUCAGAGAUACUCAGCAAUAUAAAGAACAACAAGUUUGUUGAGAAAGUAAAAUCGAGCCUGAAAGCAAUUUGCAAGGAGCCUCAAGAGUCAAAGGAAGUGCCACCGUUAGAUGUGCCUGAACUUUUGGCAUAUUUGGUUAAGCAGUCAGGGCCCUUUCUUGAUCAGCUUGGCUUUCAAAAAGACAUAUGCGACAAGAUAGUGGAAGCCUUCUGCAGCAAACGUAAGAAUCGACUUCUUUUGAGGUCCUUGUCUUCGGGAGAAACCUCUGUUCUUGAAAAUGAGAACAUUAAUGAUGAACUGGAUUUAAGGAUAGCCAGUGUGCUCCGAAGUACAGGGCAUUGUUAUGAUGACGGCCUAUGGACUGAUUCUGUGAAUCACGACUCAGCAGAUAGGAAAAGGCAUGUAGCUAUAGUUACAACCGCUAGUCUUCCUUGGAUGACAGGAACAGCUGUAAAUCCACUGUUCCGAGCAGCAUAUCUGUCCAAGUCUGCAAAACAAAAAAUAACACUAUUGGUUCCAUGGCUUUGCAAAUCAGACCAGGAGCUAGUUUAUCCCAACAGUCUUGUCUUCAGUUCACCAGAAGAGCAGGAGACCUAUAUACGGAACUGGCUGGAGGAAAGGGUUGGCUUCAAGGCUGAUUUCAAGAUCUCCUUUUACCCGGGAAAGUUCUCAAAAGAAAGGCGGAGUAUAAUACCUGCUGGUGAUACCUCACAAUUUGUUUCUUCCAAGGAAGCUGACAUUGCUAUACUGGAAGAACCAGAACACCUGAACUGGUAUCAUCAUGGCAGACGGUGGACUGAUAAAUUUAACCAUGUUGUUGGUAUUGUCCAUACGAAUUACUUGGAGUAUAUCAAGAGAGAGAAAAAUGGGGCUCUCCAAGCAUUCUUUGUGAAACACAUUAACAAUUGGGUCACCAGAGCAUACUGCCACAAGGUUCUUCGUCUUUCUGCAGCAACUCAGGAUCUACCGAAGUCUAUCAUAUGCAAUGUUCAUGGUGUGAAUCCCAAGUUUUUAAGAGUUGGAGAAAAAGUGGCAGCAGAAAGGCAACUUGGGCAGGAAACUUUCUCCAAGGGAGCAUAUUUCUUAGGCAAGAUGGUCUGGGCUAAAGGAUACAAGGAAUUGAUAGAUUUGUUAGCAAAGCACAAGAAUGACCUUGAAGAUUUUAAGUUGGAUGUCUUUGGGAAUGGAGAGGAUGCACAUGAAGUCCAGUCUGUUGCCAAAACGUUGGACCUGAACCUCAAUUUUCUGAAAGGGAGGGACCAUGCUGAUGAUUCACUUCAUGGCUACAAAGUCUUCAUAAACCCUAGUGUCAGUGAUGUUCUAUGCACUGCAACAGCAGAGGCCCUUGCUAUGGGAAAAUUUGUGGUUUGUGCAGACCACCCAUCCAACGAGUUCUUCAGAUCAUUCCCCAACUGUUUGACUUAUAAGUCAUCAGAGGAUUUUGUUGCCAGAGUGAAAGAAGCAUUGGCUAAUGAGCCUCAACCUCUUACACCAGAACAGAGAUACAACCUCUCCUGGGAGGCUGCAACUCAGAGAUUCAUGGAGUAUUCUGAGUUAGACAGAGUCUUGAAUAACACUGAGGAGACUGCAGGAUCAAGCAACGCUAAUAGGAAGAUGACCAAAUCAAUUUCAAUGCCUAGUUUGUCAGAGGUGGUCGAUGGGGGUCUGGCUUUUGCCCAUUACUGUCUCACUGGAAAUGAGAUUCUGAGGUUGGCUACUGGGGCAAUACCUGGCACACGAGAUUAUGACAAGCAACACUGCAAGGACCUUCACCUGUUGCCCCCACAGGUUCAAAAUCCUAUAUAUGGUUGGUAAUGAACUCCUUAUCAAUUUGUGUCAGUUUCUUUUGUGAAUAUGCUGUAUAGUUAGGUAGUCAGUGGUUAGUUCAUGUCUUUCUGCUAUCAUUUUGAU